GAGCAUCAACCAUUGAAAAGGAUCCAGAUCCGAGAUCCUCCUUGAGACUUGGGAGGAACAGAAAAUUACAAGGAUAGAAGGGUAGGGGUGAUCAGUUGGGAAUAGAUGCAUUAACUUUGAAUUGCAUAAUGUCAAAUCAAAAAGAUCAAGAAGUUCAGAUGUCUGUUAAUGAAGUAAACAGAGGGAAUGGUUUUAGUCCGUCUACUUCAAGAACUGCAUUUGAUCAUAAUACUGGGCCAGUUGUUUCAUCUGCUACAGUCAGUACUUUACCAAGAAAUAGGAAAAAAACUUCCAUAGUUUGGAAAGAGUUUAUUAAUAUCCCUAAAGACAAAAAUCCCGAUGGAAGACAGAGAGCAAAAUGCAAGGCUUGUGGGAAUAUAUAUCUGGCUGACUCAUCUAUCAAUGGCACUGGUAGUUUGAGGAGACAUCUUAAGUCUUGCCUCAAGCGUAAAAAUAAUGAUGUUGCUCAAAUGUUAUUGGGUGGAGGUGAUGGGAAUGUGGCACUGAAAACUAAGAGGAUUGACGCAGAUGUAGUUCGAGAUAUGAUUACCACACUUAUUGUCAGACAUGAGUUGCCCUUGGUAUUCGUCGAGUAUGAAGAGUUUAGGGCUUUGAUUUCUUAUCUUUACCCACAAUUUAGUCCUAUUAGUAGGAAUACCCAAAUGGCUGAUAUUUUGAAGUUGCAUACUAGAGAAAGCAAGAGGAUAAAGGAUUUUUUGAGUUCCUUCAAUGGUAGAAUGUCAUUGACUACUGAUUUGUGGACUUCUGUAACCACUGACUCCUAUAUUUCUCUCACUUGUCAUUAUAUUGACACAGAAUGGGUACUACAUAAAAAAUUAUUGAAACUUUGCAUCAUGCCACCCCCACACACAGGAGCUAAUAUAUGUGAAAUUGCUUCAAAUAUGUUGUUGGAUUGGGGUAUAGAGAAGAAAUUGUUCUCUAUUACAUUAGAUAAUGCCGGUGCUAACCUUUGUUUUAUUGAGCACUUGAAAAAAAGUUUGGUAUUAAAGAAGGUAUUGUUGUGUAGUGGUGAGUUUUUUCACAACAGAUGUUGUGCUCAUAUAUUGAACCUAAUUGUACAAGAUGGUUUGAAGUGCAUUGAUGAAUCUGUACAUUUUGUUCGAUCGAGUGUAGCAUAUGUGAAGGCAUCUCAAGCAAGGAAAGUAAAGUUUCUUGAAUGCUGCAAACAAUUGGAUAUACCAAGUCAAAAAGGGUUGCAUGGAGAUGUUUCCACAAGGUGGAACUCAACUUAUCACAUGCUUGAUUCUGCCAUUGUCUAUCAGACUGCAUUUCAACAACUAGAGUUGGUGGAUAAAAAUUUUAAAGUGUGUCCAAGCAAUGAGGAUUGGAAAAAGAUUGAACACUUAUGUUCCUUUUUGAAGCCUUUUAAUGACAUUACUGAAUUAUUGUCUGGGUCAAAGUACCCAACAGCAAAUUUGUAUUUUCAUAAUGUAUGGAAAAUACAUUUGUCUUUGUUGAAAACGAUAAAUCAGGGAGAAGACUAUGUGAAAAAGAUGGCACAAGAAAUGAAAAAGAAGUUUGAUAAGUAUUGGGACUCAUAUAGCAUCAUUUUAGCUAUUGCUGUUGUAUUUGAUCCUCGUUACAAGCUAAUCUUUGUUAGGUAUGCUUUUGAUAAGAUAUACAGUUUGGAUUCAACAGCAAUGGAAAAGUUUAAUCUUGUGAAAUCGACCUUAGCAUGA